AUGGUAUCCUUCUCAGUCAAUACUAUCCUUCUCUCGGCCUCGGUUGCAGCUCUUGUAACCGUAUCCCUUGCCGAUCCAUCGUCAACCGGCGGAAUUGGUUGCUCGGACCUUGCAUCCAGACACGGAGUCAACAUCACCUACACCGACAUAGCCAAUUGCUUUGAUUCAAUCCCCUUUAACAACAACGCAGCCAGGGCCACACUCAAGACUGUCACUACCUUCUUCAACGACUACUACAUCUCGCGCGACUCGGUACUGACCCCCUUUUUGACCGAACCCCUUGAAAGCGACCCCGUCGACAUUGUUGCUAAGCUCAAGAAGAUUGGCCGCACUCGCUACACCAGCGAUCGGAAGUUCCACACCGAUGUCUUCAAGGCCAUCGGGUCUAUGCAUGAUGGCCAUUCUCUCUAUGCUCCAUACUGCUAUGUGGCCUACUUGUAUGCGCAACCCCUCAGUCUCUAUGCGCCAGUCAUCGAUGGCAAACAGGUGCUCAAGGUUUACAAGGACGACUUCAAGCGAGGCUACGAGGACUGCACUGUGGUGAAGAUCGACGGCAAGAACGCAAUGGCCCAGAUCAAAAAGUACGCCAACACCCUCUAUACUUCCAAGGAUCCCAACGGUCGUUUGAACGAAGCCCUGUCAUCAAUGGUCUACAGUCAGGCUGCUGAGACUUUCGUCGUCUUCCCUGGUCAGUUCGCAAUCAGGAACUUCUUGCCCGAUAACCCUUCUGUUCACUAUGAGCUCAAGUGUGCCACCUCGACGAAGAUGAUCGUUGUUGAGGACAAGUGGGUCAUUACGCCUCAGUAUCCAUGGCUGUUUAAUGACACGGCAUCGUAUAUCAAUAAUGUCUGUCUUGCUCAACCUGCACCACUUCAGACUCCUACCGCAAGUGCCGCAAGUGCCGCAAGUGCUGCGUCUGUUCACAAGCACAAUCCAGUCUCCUUAUCGUCCGAGAGACACCACAGCAUUUCUGCUUUCAACAAGCGAGCGUUAUUUGACAGGCAGCAGGACCAGGCUGCUGUUGCACCUCCCUCUCCCUCGCCCGCGGAUGCUUCAGCCCCUCCAUCUCCUUCCCCUCCUGACUAUCCAGAGGCGACCAAGAUCGGCGCCGGCAACUGCACCGUCUUUUACCAACUCAAGGACCGCCCCACCAUCGGUGUCAUGGUCCUCUUUGUCACCAUGAUCGACUUUGCAGAGAUCGACUUUAUGUAUCAGUCCCUCGAAACCCUCUACCAAAAGGGUGUCACCGACAUCGUCAUCGACGUCGUCGGAAGCGAUGGAGGCUACGCCAACGUCGCAUCAGAUGUCGCACAGCUGUUCUUCCCCAACAAAGGACCCCUCGACCAGAUCCUCGGUGUCAACUUCCGAUCCACCCCCGCGCUGCAACAACUUAGUGCCAAGGUCUACAACUCGACUGAUGGCGGGUACAGUCAAAAGGGCAACAUGCUCAGUAUCCUUGGAGGUGGCUUCUUUGAUAGCUCGCGGUACCUGAACUUGGCCACCAAUCAAACCUAUACCGACAACUCGCUUUUUACUGACACUGUCUCUCAGUACCGCAAUGGGCGACAGGCUGUCUACACCAAGCCCACAUCCUACAAGCCAGCCACUCACCCCGUCCACCCUAACCUCACAAAAUACCCUUGGACUAACAACCCCGACCGCUUGCGUAUCCUAACCGACGGCAGAUGUCUCUCCGCCUGCGCCCAAGUAGUCUACCUCCUCGCUAACCAAUACAACGUCAAAUCCUACGGUGUCGGCGGCACAUACGGGGAACCGCUAUCCAAGUACCAAUACGCCGCAGGUGCAGCAACCAACAAUGUGAUCUUCAACAGUUACUUUGCCUUAGCCAAUAUGCCGAGUCCGAUCGGGGACCUGCCGUACCAGGGGUUUGUGUCGUUGGCGCUUGGCGAGAUUAUUGCGCCUGGUGGUACGGUCCCGCUGGAGUUUGAUUCUGACAAGUACCCAACUGAUUUUAGGCUGGAAUUUGACCCUGUCAAUGCCCGGUCGAGGGAGGCGUUGUGGACUCAGGUCGCGGAGGAUGCCUGGAAUUAG